AUCGGCUAUAUAAGCCAUUGUGGACGCAUUUUGAUUUGGCUUCUCCGAAGUCCACAUCGCGAGUGUAGGUAAACCGCUCGUUAAAUUUAAUCAAAAUUUGACGGAAAUGACUACUCCAAAUUAUGCAAGGAAGUUAUAUUUCUCAGUUGUUGAAGAUGUCAUUUCCAAUGUGAGAGAGGCAUUUCUGGAUGAAGGCGUUGAUGAACAAGUCUUACAAGAACUCAAACAGUUAUGGGAGGGUAAACUAACAGCAUCUCGAGCACUGGACCCAGCAGAGCCUGAGCCAGUGGUUCACAGCAACAUUCCAUAUCCAUUGUUACAGCAACAGCAGUCUUCUCAACCGACUGUGGUUCCUACAGGAAGCAGUGUGCAACAACAGAUUCCUAUACCAGUACAAAUAAAUACAGAUGGACAGAUUAGUAAUGCAGCCAGUAUGGCAUUUUCUGCCCAGGGUGGUAUGUUUCCACCCCAACUACAAGCUCUAGUCAAUGUUAAUCCAGGUGCUCAACUCACACUUCAACAAACAGCCAAUGGACAAUACAUAUUACAAGCUUUAACCCCUGGAGCCCAGGGUCAGAUGGUGAGCAUGCCACAACAAACAAUAAUUCAGGCCCAGCCUGGACAGAUACAGCAAGUGCAGGGUCAGACUCUUCCACAGUACGACGGUGCACAUGAUGAAACUGUCAUAGAUACUCCAAACACAGAGCACAGUUGUACAGAUACACAUAACACAGAGCAACCUUGUUCAUCGCGUGACAGUGAGCCUGGCUGCUCAGGUGCUUGUGGGUGCUGCAGACAGGAGGUGGAGAUCGAGUUUGAAGCUUCCAAAGCAUUAUCAAAAAAGUUAGCACAAGAUAUCAAAAGAAGUACAAAGAGACGGGUACCACAGUUAGACGGGAACCAUGACACUAGUUCAUCAGAAGAUGAUGAUUACGAUGAUGAUGAUGGUAAUGAUGAUGAUGAAGACAAAGAAGAUGGAGAGGAAGAAGGGGAAGAAGAGGAGCCUCUGAACAGUGAGGAUGAUGUGAGUGAAGAGGACCCAACAGAACUGUUUGAUACAGAUAAUGUUGUUGUUUGUCAGUUUGAAAAGAUAAGCAGGAACAAAAGUAAAUGGAAAUUCAAUCUCAAAGAUGGUAUUAUGAACCUAGAAGGUAAAGACCAUGUGUUCCAGAGAGGUAUUGGUGAUGCAGAAUGGUAGUCUGAUAUUUAUUCUCUGCAGAGUGAUAUUGGAACUGUGAUCUGUGAAGCAGUCAAAAAUGUAACAGACUGUGACCAUAUUUUUACUUAUGGUUGACUUGUUCUUAGUCUGGCUGGCAGUUCCAGUCUAGAGAAUUUACUGUUCAAAGCAUGGAUCAUGAUUUAAUCAUUUGAUACUCAUUGAAUGUGAUUUUAUACCAAACAAUACAAAAGAUAUGUAGAAUGUUGACAAUAGGACAUAUUUCUGAUGUAUUACUUGGCAUAGAUAUUAUUAAUAUUCCAUUAGGCUAAGUGUUCUUUAAGUACUGUGACUUGUUUUCAUACAUUGUUCAUUUGUGAAAGAAUGCUACUGAAUUCAGUAUGAAAAAAAGUUACAUACAGGAAUCAAAAUUCAAAGCUAUGCCCUAAGGGAUACUGUUAAAUUAUUGCAAAGAAACCAUUGUAUCUUGUUAUAAGUGUAAUAUAUGGAAUAAGAUUCAGGUGUUUGCAUAAUUAUUCAGAAUAUAGACUUCCUGUAAAACAGGCAUGUUAGUAUUAUGGAGCAGAGUCUAUCCAUCUAAAACACUAGGAAAUUAUUAAAUAUGACAUGUUGAGAAAAUCAUACCAACUAAUUUGAUAAAAAUACCUGAGCUGCGCCAUGUGAAAACCAACAUUGUGGCUUUGCGACCAGCAUGGAUAAAGACCAGCCUGUGCAUCCGCGCAGUCUGAUCAGGAUCCAUGCUGUUUGCUUUUAAAGCCUAUUGAAAUUGGAGAAACUGUUAGCGAACAGCAUGGAUCCUGACCAGACUGUGCGGAUGCGCAGGCUGGUCUGGAUCCAUGCUGGUCGCAAACCCGCUAUGUUGGUUUUCUCAUGGCACGGCUCACCUGUCUACACAGUUGUGUGAUGAUUUAAUGUAUAAGUUUGAUAAAGUUAAGUGUCUGGAAAUUGUUGAAUAGUCUUGCAACAUUUUUGACAAUUUUAUCCAUGCAGUCACUGUAUUUGCCCAGCUCAUUUUACAACAAUGGCAAUAAGAUAAACCCUUUACAUAGCUGUUUUUAGCUCACCUGUCACAAAGUGACAAGGUGAGCUUUUGUGAUCGCGCGGUGUCCGUCGUCCGUCCGUCCGUGUGUCCGUCCGUAAACUUUUGCUUGUGACCACUCUGGAGGUUACAUUUUUCAUGGGAUCUUUAUGAAAGUUGGUCAGAAUGUUCAUCUUGAUGAUAUCUAGGUCAAGUUCGAAACUGGGUCACGUGCCUUUAAAAACUAGGUCAGUAGGUCUAAAAAUAGAAAAACCUUGUGACCUCUCUAGAGGCCAUAUAUUUCACAAGAUCUUCAUGAAGAUUGGUCAAAAUGUUCACCUUGAUGAUAUCUAGGUCAAGUUCGAAACUGGGCCACGUGCCCUCAAAAACUAGGUCAGUAGGUCUAAAAAUAGAAAAACCUUGUGACCUCUCUAGAGGCCAUAUUUUUCAUGGGAUCUGUAUGAAAGUUGGUCAGAAUGUUCAUCUUGAUGAUAUCUAGGUCAAGUUCGAAAGUGGGCCACGUGCCGUCAAAAACUAGGUCAGUAGGUCAAAUAAUAGAAAAACCUUGUGACCUCUCUAAAGGUCAUAUUUUUCAUGGGAUCUGUAUGAAAAUUGGUCUGAGUGUUCAUCUUGAUGAUAUCUAGGCCAAGUUCGAAAGUGGGUCACGUGCCUUCAAAAACUAGGUCAGUAGGUCUAAAAAUAAAAAAACCUUGUGACCUCUCUAGAGGCCAUAUUUUUCAUGGGAUCUGUAUGAAAGUUGGUCUGAAUGUUCAUCUUGAUGAUAUCUAGGUCAAGUUCGAAAGUGGGCCACGUGCCAUCAAAAACUAGGUCAGUAGGUCAAAUAAUAGAAAAACCUUGUGACCUCUCUAAAGGCCAUAUUUUUCAUGGGAUCUGUAUGAAAAUUGGUCUGAAUGUUCAUCUUGAUGAUAUCUAGGUCAAGUUGUAAACUGGGUGACGUGCCUUCAAAAAUUAGGUCAGUAGGUCUAAAAAUAGAAAAACCUUGUGACCUCUCUAGAGGCCAUAUAUUUCAUGUGAUCUUCAUGAAAAUUGGUCAGAAUGUUCAUCUUGAUGAUAUCUAGGUCAAGUUCGAAAGUGGGUCACGUGCCAUCAAAAACUAGGUCAGUAGGUCAAAUAAUAGAAAAACCUUGUGACCUCUCUAGAGGCCAUAUUUUUCAUGGGAUCUGUAUGGAAGUUGGUCUGAGUGUUCAUCUUGAUGAUAUCUAGGUCAAGUUCGAAAGUGGGUCACGUGCCGUCAAAAACUAGGUCAGUAGGUCAAAUAAUAGAAAAACCUCAUGACCUCUCUAGAGACCAUAUUUUUCAAUGGAUCUUCAUGAAAAUUGGUCAGAAUUUUUAUCUUGAUAAUAUCUAGGUCAAGUUCAAAACUGGGUCACAUGAGCUCAAAAACUAGGUCACUAUGUCAAAUUAUAGAAAAAACGCCGUCAUACUCAAAACUGGGUCAUGUGGGAAGAGGUGAACGAUUCAGGACCAUCAUGGUCCUCUUGUUUGACCUUCUUGUCCUAUAGUGCAAUGAUAACAGGUGAGCGAUAUAGGGCCAUUUUGGCCCUCUUGUUUGUCAUUUUUAUCAGAACUUUAUUUGAUAGGGUUUAUUACAUGAUUACAAAAGAAGCUGAAUACAAUCAUUCCAGCCCAUGCUUUAGAAUGUGCGUUAUUUGGCAAGGAUGUAAUAAUGAGAACUAACAAGCUUUCAUUGACUUGGUCAACAUAGUGGUUUUUGGUGAUGUGUAAUUUAACAUUAAAGUCUGCAAGAAUAAUUAUGCUUGGAAAUUUUGUUCAGGCAAACAGUGUUUCAGUUACAGGUAUUGUUUUUAGAGUAUAAUAUUUAUCAUGUAACAGAUUUGUCAGUGAACAUGUGCUUUAAUUAUGACAUUGUAAUGGAGCUUUAGUGCUUGCCUGCAGCUGUGAGCUUGUACGACUGAUCUUGCAUCUGUUACAGGGCCAAUGUGAAAACACAUGAUCAAUAAAACAGGUCAGUCUUACAUUUUUGUUGUUUUAGUGUUCAUACAUUGUUGGUGUGAUGUAUGAGGACUCCUGUAAAUCUAUGGGCAUUACUUUCAGCACAUUGCAAGUAUAAAAAUUGAGUAUCAAGCUGUGAAAGUGCUUUAAUGUAAUACACAUGUACAUGCUUAUGUAUUAUUACAAAGUGGAGGCAGUUUGUCAUUGUACUUCAUACUUUAUGGACAGAAUGAAUGCAGGCAGAUAUCACAAGGGUCUUUCUUCUAAAUUUUUAAAAAGUUACAAUGAAACUGUUCAUGAUUAUCUUCAUUUAAUAAGAUUUGAUUUGCUUCAACAGAUGUGUCUUAAUUAAGCAAGAGUUUUUUCUUUUAAAAAAGGUAAGAGUAAAAAAAAGAUGGAAGUGAAUGUUAAUUUUCAAAGAACUAAAAUUAGAAAUAGCUAAAUUUUUGCAUCUUUAUAUAGUGCCAGAAUUACAGAGAUUUUACAGAUUAUAUGAUGAAUGAAAGCCAUGGAAUCUGAUAAAACAUGUUUUCAUUUUGUUUUUACAACUACUAAUAAAUGCAAGUGCAUGGAAAAGUUGAAAUAAAGAAGACUUUUAUUUGAAGCACAUUGCAGUUUAUUCUUUGUAUAUAUCAAUAUAAAUUAUGUAACGCAACCCGCCCCCCUAAAAAAAAAAUGGAACAUAAUUUUUUGAAUAGUAAAUUAUUAAAAUUUAUUGUGUAAUACAUUAAUACUGGAGAAGUUCCCUACUAGCUUUAUAAAAGCAGUCACAGAACAAUUUAUGGUAAAAUUCUAUAAUAAGCAGUAUUUGAAAAUGACAUUUUUUUUCUUUCUUUUAUAUUAGAUAUUUUCCCAAAAUUUCACAAACUGUAUUUACAGUUUAGUUGCAAGUGAACCUAAAACUUUUCCCAUAUAAGUAGUUAAAAUUGGAAUUUUAACAAGGAGUAAAUUUCAAGAAAUUAUGAGCGAAAUUCAUCCCCAAUUUCAGAUUUUACAAUCUCAAAUGUAGCUUUAAUGUUACAACUUUAUUUGGCAGUAAAUUUUCUAUGACAUUGAUGUUCUAAAGAAAAAUCUGAUUUAUCAGUGGUGCAUAUUAAUCAUUGUUUGCUUUGUGAAUUGUCUGGAAAGUUACAGAGUCAAUAUGUUUGAUGCAUGUGAAUAAUUGUGGAGUAGUUUAUAUGAAAUUACAUGCAAGAACUUGAUAUGAUUGCAUUCCAUUUCUUGUAUGAAGUAAGGUAUUUGAGACUUGUUUUGAAAUAUAUGAUUGUAAUAUACCAUUAUUAAAAGGGAAGAAUUUGAGUAUAUUUAUUGUAGUUGAAAGUUUAUGUAUAUGCCAUUUUUAUGCCCCCGAGGGGAGGCAUAUUAGUUUUCAACUGUCCGUCCGUUCGUUCGUUCGUCACAACGUUAACUUUUUGCAUGAAGGCACUUUACUUGCGAACCACUGCACCCAACUUCACAUGCUGAUAGUACUUAUUGAGUACACGACCCCUAUUGACUUUGGGGUCACCAGGUCAAAGGUCAGGGUCACCAGAUCAAAGGUCAAGGUGCUGCGGGGGGCAUUUGUCACCAUUAGUGACAGCUCUUGUUUGUAUUGAAAAUUUCUUUUUAUAAAUUCCUGACUUGGUAACUAGGAUGUACCAAGUUGUACUUAGUAACUAGGAUGUACCAAGUUGUACUUGGUAACUAGGAUGUACCAAGUUGUCUGGUAUAAAUUGAUAUUUUUUUUCUCUUUGUAUUCCUAAAAAUGUGAAGUAAUGUAUACAUUUUUCAUUAUCUUUGUUGUUUUUAUGCAUUAAAAUAGGGAAUGUGUUUUGAUGGGCUAUUUACUUUAUAUUGUUUCUUGAUUCAAUAUAUUACUAAAUAUAACUGUCUCAAAAUAAUCUUGUUGUACAGUAUUUAGUACUUUCGUACAGUUGCUUAUUUUUUGAAUUAUGAAUGCAUUUAUGGGUGGAUGUUUUGAGAAAAAAAUGAAACACCUAUUCACAGUUCAUUGAGAUGUGGAUGUCUGGUGUUUAUGUCAUAGGUCAUCUGUUGGAUUCUUUUAUUGUGAAAAAGCUAGUGGACAGGCUUGCAGAAUGGCUGUGAUUGUACACAAGUGCCUGUCUGUGCCGCAAAUAAUAUGUUGAGAGUUUGCCUUUGGUCUUUCUUAAUGUUAGAGCUGGAUAAGUGCCAGAUGUAAACUGUUUAUAUGUUUACUAAAAUGAUAUAGCACGAUCGUCUUCUGCCCCCGUCUACCCCCAACCAGCAUCAUCUUUGCCCCUGCCCAUCCCCAAAAUUUACAAACUGCAUUAUGAAAAUAUUAUUUGUAUUUGCUUAAACCCAAGCUUGUAUUAUAAAUCUUUCUUUCAAAUGUUAGUAAUUGUGCUAAGAAAGAAAACUUUAUUCCAACUACAAUCAAAGGGAGGCAAAUUCACAGUGCCAGUAGUGCAAUAUUUAUUUGUGUACUGCAUUGCAAGCUAAAAAAAAAACCAGUGCUAUUCAUGUAAGAAGACAUGUUUGUGGUAAAUGGCUAGGAAGAAAUGCAAAAUAAUUCAAGUUGUUUCUAGAUUUAUCUAGUUGUGUGUGUGUGUAUAUAUAUAUAUUUUUUCACCUUUAGCCUGCUAGCGGCAAGUGAUUCUGCCUUUGCGACCAGUGCAGACCAAGAUCAGCCUGCACAUCCGUUCAGUCUGAUCAUGGUCUGCACUGUUCGCUAUUCAGUCAGUAAAUUUUCAAUGAACACCCCUUGGAAUAAUAAAUGAUACUGGCAAAAUUGAAUGAUGGACCAGUCCAUUUAAGAAUUUAGCAGGCUGAAGGUUAAGAGGGUUGUAAAAGGUGUAAUUAUUAUGGGUUAUAUUUGUAAGGUAUUUUAUUUCAUUUCUAUACCUUUAACUUUUAGAAGAAUAAAAUUUGUUUAAUGUCUUUAUUUGUGAUGGAUUGUUCAAAUGUUUUAGAGGUAUUUACUUACACUAUCAUUUGUAUAUAAUGUCCUUGUGUAAGAGAAGUAACACAACUUCAAGUAUAAUAUCAAACUUUGCCAUUAUUAUUUUUGUUACAUCUUCAUGUUUGUGCUCAUUUGUUGCAUUUUGUUUUAUUUCCCAUUAUCACUGGUGCUUGAAAUAUUUUCUGUUUUCAGUUUAUUUCUGCUUCAUGUAUCAGUAAUGAUGAACGAAAACAGUGUGUGUUUAAUGUGAUUUUAAGCUUGUUUUUCUGUAAACGUUUGAGAUAUGUGACAAUUUAAUUUUUGCAUGCAUUUUCCCCCUUUUGCUCAACUUCAAAUUAUUUCGUUUAAGUGUGUUUAGAGAUUUUAAGGCUUAAAAUUGCUUUUAAGAAAUUCGAAGGGAAUAGAAAUGGUUCCUGUGAUUUAUUUGAACAAGUAUUGUAAUUCUUGAAACAAUUGUUGGUUGGUGAAACAUGCAACAUGCAACUUUCUGAUAGAUGUGCCCCAUGUGGUUCUGGGACGAUCUGUGUAUGAAAAGAAUUAGAACCACUGCCUUACCCUUGCAUGAUCGUAAGAGGCAACUAAUAGGGUCUUAACACUUGGUUUUGCAGUAACUCUGUGAUUCCAGCAGGUAUGCAAAUUUUGAUUCCAUACCUCAUGUUUUUAUUUCGAUGUAAAUGAGAUGUGGAACCAGAAUUUGUAGUCCUGUUUGGCGCCAAAUAACCUAUACUGUGUUGGUGUGCCGUAAAUCCCAAAUAAAUAAAUAAAUUCUGAUAGAAGUAGAAAUGAUUUAGGUAUGUUUUACAGAUAAAAGCAUGUUUUAACACCAGAAUUUAUGGAUGUAGGAAUGGUUUAUAUUGUUCAUGAUCAUUUCAGAAAUGUAUUUAAGUUACCAAUAUUUAAACAAAUUGUAAUUUAAGAGGUGCUGUUCCCUUUAUUUGAAUUGAUAUUUAAGAGCUACUACUAAUCAUCCCAUUUGUUUGAAAUUGUAAAAGUGAUCUAAAUCUUGUAACUUCUUGAAGCUCUCAGGAUGUAGUCAGAUCAUUGCUGCCUAUAUCGGAAACUCAAAGUUUACAUAACAAAAAAUAUUUUGUUUUCGGAUUCACAUAUGAUUACCAUUUGUAUAAACAUCAGUGCGUGUGAUUCAAUCUACAGAUAGAAUGGAGUCAGACUUAGGCAACACACUAACGUUCCAUAAGGCUCUUAAUUCUAUGUUAAAAACAGAUAAUGCUGUUGUUGAAAUAGAGAAUACACAUGAUUGAAUAGUUAGAAAAAUGUCUACUUUUAAUAUUACACAUGAAAUUAUGAAGUCAGGGUCACAAAAAGAGAUAAUCAAAACAGUGCCUUUUAUAGUACUUUGUAUUAUGUUAAACAUAGUCAAACCUAUGACAAAUAUAUGAGAAAAAAAUUAUCAAACAUUGGAUUUAACAAGAAAAGAAUAUAAAUUAUGUUAAUAGCAAAAAAUGUGGAAGCCACAUUUUAAUCAAAGGCAUUAUGAGCCUUUAACACAACUUAUUAUCUGACGUGACUUUACUGCACAAUUAAGGAAUCUGAUGUUCUUUGCCAAAAGUGAUUUUGUCUAUGAUACUUGCAGAAGGAUUUUUUGUCUGUAAUGCUUGUGUUAUGCUAUCUUUAUUAAGCUUGUUCUAAAAUCAGUCUUCAGAGAAAAUUCAUGAUUUUUUCAAGUAAAUGAAUUUGCCAACAAACUUGUUACAACACUUUUAACACAAAAUCUCUUGGGUAUUUUGUUUAUAUGUAAUCAUGUUUUCCAUGUCAUCCAUUUAAAGGUAUGCUGCUUUAAUUUGGACAGACAAUUUAAACAGACAAUAUCAGUUUUUAGGGUAAUUUGUUGUUUUAGUUUUGAAGUUUAUCUAAGAAUAUGGCAGUAUGUUGUUAACAUGUCUGUAAAAUGAUUGUAGAAAGAAUGGUAAAGUGUACAUGAUAAAAUCAUCUGUAUGUUUAUCACUAAAAUCAAGAAAAACAUCUUCGGUAUUUGUGAUGGUCAGUGUUUUCAAAGAAUCUUUGUAUUGUUAAUUACAUGAAUAAAUCAUGUGAAAUGUU